AAGGUAAUAAUGAAUAUGGAUGGACACACUAUGAUAUGACAACAAUGUUCAGCAAUGGUGACAACUGCAAAGACAAGUUUUAUGGGAGCUCUGUGGUAGGUGUCGAGGUUGAGUCCAUAACAACAAUGUUCGGCAAUGGUGUGGUGUCUCUUCCCAGUUUUGAUUUGGUAGUGAAACCAAGGUUGAUGAUGAAGGCAACUCCGCCACCAGUUCUACCUACCUACCAUGAGAAGCAAACCAAGUUUCCAUACAACCCAAGGUCACUUGUCCUCUGCAAUUUCCUCAUCAGUUGAGCUAACGAGGGAAGAAGCAGGUUGAGAGUGGUUGUGCCCACCCUUCUGAAUACUCCACAUACCUUGGGCUCCCAUGCCAUGUCCAUUAAGAUGGUUCCUGCUCUCUCUCUCUCUCCCUCCCUCCAUGCCAAUGCUCCACUGCAGCAAGCAUGGAGUGGAGUGUGAUCCAGAGGAAGGUCGGCCCUCUGCUGUGGCUACUGGUCGUCUCCACCAUCCUUGCCCUCUUCAUCAUGCAUUCAUCCUCCACUUUCAGCAUCAGUAUCAAAGCUGUUCUCACCCAAAGCCCUCUCGUCACCACCAGUGAUGUCUCAAACCAAAGCCCUUCUCUCCCUGCUAACACCAGCGGUGUGACGCCAGUGCACAACAGUUCUUCCUCCCCACAACUCUCCGCUGAUGGCAACGAAGAGCAAUGCGACACAUCGAAGGGCAAGUGGGUGAAAGAAGCAGGAGCAUCGAUCUACACCAACCUGACAUGCCCGACGUACCCUGAUAUCAAUAACUGCGGCAAGUAUGGCAAGGAUCAGAGCUAUUUGUAUUGGAGAUGGCAACCGGAUAGUUGCGACAUACCGAGGUUUGAGCCCGAGACGUUCUUGAACAUAGUUAGAGGGAAGAAGAUGGCCUUCAUCGGAGACUCCCUGGCCCGGAAUCAGAUCGAUUCUUUGCUAUGCCUCCUGUCUCAGGCAGAGACCCCAAGGGAAGUUUCCAGGGAUUCAGGUGGGAAAUACGUGACAUGGUACUUCCCACCGCAUGAUUUCACCCUCAUGGUCAUGUGGACAGAGUAUUUCGUAGAAGCGAGACCGAGAAUCAUAAAUGGAACAGCUUCAAACUCAUUUGAGAUUCACCUGGACAAGGUGAGCACCAAUUGGGCAGAGAAGCUUCCUGGUGUAGAUUUUGCCGUCAUCUCCGGUGGCAACUGGUUCUUCAGAGGGAUCCAUUUGUACGAAGAGGGAAAGAUGAUCGGUUGCAUCAACUGCAGGGGGCAAAACCUGACAGAGUUCGACGUCACUGUGACCAUCAGAAGGGCGCUCAGAACAGCCCUGCAGUACAUAAGUUCAUGCAAGGAUUGUGAAGGGCUUGUCGCCUUCUUGAGGACCUUCACAUCGUCACACUUUGAGAAUGGCUCUUGGCUCACCGGAGGAUACUGCAAUAGGACUCGGCCAUUGAAUGAGACUCGGAUACUCCUGGAUGAUGUCGCCUGGGAGAUAAGAAAGAUUCAGUUAGAAGAGAUCGAGAGAGUAAGACAGCAAGAGAGCGGAGGGAAGAUGAGGUUUGGGGUAUUGGAUGUCACCAAAGCUAUGAUGCUGAGGGCUGACGCGCAUCCUGGGGAUCACUGGACCAAGAAAUCGAAGGCGAGUGUCAAUGACUGCUUGCACUGGUGCUUGCCUGGGCCUAUCGAUAUGUGGAGCGAUCUACUGCUUGCGACUCUCGAGAAAAAUUUUCUACCUUCUUAGUCGACUAUUUUGUACAUUUUUUAUCAUUCGUAUUCAGUAAAUUCCAUAACAUUUUGUUGGUUCUUGAAUAAACCAUGCGGAUGUGUU